UCAUCAUCUUUGGUUCUCAUUUCCUCAACUCAAGCUUCCCCCAAAUCAGCCAUGGAAGCUAGACUCUCCGAAACUCUUGGUCUCCCAUCUCCGAAUCUUAAUCACUGCCUUCUUCCAAGCGAUUUCAAUUCCCUCUUCACUCAUUUCUCCGAUCUCACCUCCGUCCAAAGCCCCACCGUCAGAGACCCUAAACCCAAAACCAAAUCACCGAGAUUUAGAGCAAGUUUCAGAAGAUCCGAGCCAUUAUUUGCAUCUACAUCAGUCUCGGAUCCAAUCCACGCAAAACCCCGAUCAGAAUUCCUGAAAUGGAUCAAACCAGCAUCACGAAGCAGUCCAAAAAUCCAAACACUCAUGAAACAACUCUCUGUCUGGGAACGUGCCAUCAUCGGUGCAGGAGCCGGUGGACUGGCGGGAGCGUUUACAUACGUUGCUCUUCUCCCACUUGACACAAUCAAAACCAAGCUUCAAACGAAAGGCGCGUCUCAGGUGUAUAGCAACACAUUUGAUGCAAUAAUUAAGACAUUUCAAGCUAAAGGUGUUUUAGGUUUUUACAGUGGUGUCUCCGCCGUGAUUGUUGGGUCUACGUUUUCCUCCGCCGUGUACUUCGGUACCUGUGAGUUUGGUAAGUCUCUACUCUCCAAAUUCCCGGAUUUCCCGACCGUGCUGAUCCCGCCUACUGCUGGUGCUAUGGGAAACAUUAUCUCUUCGGCUAUAAUGGUUCCUAAAGAGCUCAUUACACAGAGAAUGCAAGCUGGAGCUAGUGGGAGAUCGUAUCAAGUAUUGCUUAAGAUCCUUGAGAAAGAUGGAAUCUUGGGGCUUUACGCCGGUUAUUCGGCUACAUUGUUGAGGAAUUUGCCGGCUGGUGUACUAAGUUAUUCGUCGUUUGAAUACCUGAAGGCUGCGGUUUUGGAGAAAACUCAGCAGAGCCAUCUUGAGCCUUUGCAGAGUGUUUGUUGUGGCGCAUUGGCUGGUGCCAUAUCUGCUUCCAUAACUACACCAUUAGAUGUUGUCAAGACUAGGCUGAUGACACAGAUUCAUGUAGAGGCAGUGAACAAACUUGGCGCUGCUAUGUAUACUGGUGUGGCUGGGACUGUGAGACAGAUACUAAAAGAGGAAGGUUGGGUUGGUUUUACUCGUGGCAUGGGCCCUCGAGUUGUUCACAGCGCUUGUUUCUCUGCUAUCGGUUAUUUUGCAUUUGAGACUGCAAGGCUUACAAUCUUGAAUGAAUAUUUGAAGAGGAAAGAAGAUUCUGAAACUAUCGUUGAUGCUGAUUCUUGAGUUUGGUUUUAAAAUAUGGUCACAUGAGAGAGAGCUUUUCCAUGGUUCUCCAAGAAGCAUUAAUCUUUAUCCUUGUGGGGGGUUUAACGGACAAGCUUAUUCUCCAUACUUGAGUUGUUCAAAAUAUAAUUCACUUUUGCUGCAUUUUCAUUCUAGUUCUAGCUUUAUUUUCAAUCUGAUUCGAUUUCUUUCAGAUUCAUCUUUAUAGACUGCCAUGCUUUCCUUCAAUCUCAUGUCAUUUUUGGCCGUAUAAUCCUACGCUUGUAAAUCUAUCUUCCUUCUUUUCUCA